UGAGUGUGAGCAGCCACUGGAGGCGAAAAACAGCAGCAGUCUGCAGAGAAUGGGCUCCUCUGAGUCAACUGAUUCAGGUUUCUGUCUGGAUUCUCCUGGGCCCUUGGACAGUAAGGAGAACCUUGUGGAUCCCCUGAGGAGAAUACAUUCCCUACCUCAGAAGCUCCUGGGGUGUAGCCCGGCGCUGAAGAGAAGCCACUCCGACUCUCUGGACCAUGACAUCUUCCAGCUCAUCGACCAAGAUGAAAACAAGGAGAAUGAAGCCUUUGAGUUUAAGAAGCCAAUCAGACCCUCGUCCCGUGGCUGCCUGCACUCCUGUGGACAUGAGGAGGGCAAAGAGCUCUUCACACAGAGGCAGAACUCUGCCCCGGCUCGGAUGCUUUCCUCAAAUGAAAGAGAUAGCUGUGAGCCAGGGAAUCUGGUUCCUCUUCUUACGCCCCAGUCACCUGCGACAGCCGUUCUGUCUGAUGAGGAUGAUGGCUUCAUGGACCUUCUUGAUGGAGAGAACCUGAAGCAGAAUGAUGAGGAGACCCCCUCGUGCAUGGCCAGCCUCUGGACCGCUCCCCUGGUCACGAGAAGAGCAACGAAUCUUGGCACCCGAAGCCAGCACUUUGACGCCCCAGCUCCUUGUAGCCCCGGCACCCGGCCAGUGCUGAAGAGACCGGAGCGCUGGCAGGAGGACUCGCCCCGGGGGAGCACGAAGCGCAGGAGGAGCGCGGCGGGGGCCAGUCCGCAGGAGACCCCGGAGGUUCUGCACCAUUCUUUAUCCGUGGUGCCUUCCCCCAAAGGGACCAUCGAGAACAUCCUGGACAGUGACCCCCGGGACCUCAUAGGCGAUUUCUCCAAGGGUUAUCUCUUUCAUACAGUGGCUGGGAAGCAUCAGGACUUAAAGUACAUUUCUCCAGAAAUUAUGGCAUCCGUUCUGAACGGCAAGUUCGCCAGCCUCAUCAAAGAGUUUGUCAUCAUCGACUGCCGGUACCCGUACGAGUACGAGGGAGGCCACAUCAAGGGUGCCGUGAACCUGCACAUGGAGGAGGAGGUCGCAGACUUCCUGCUGAAGAAGCCCAUUGUGCCCACCGACGGCAGGCGCGUCAUCGUCGUGUUCCACUGCGAGUUUUCUUCCGAAAGGGGCCCUCGCAUGUGCCGCUACGUGAGGGAGCGAGAUCGGCUCGGCAACGAGUACCCCAAACUCCACUACCCCGAGCUGUACGUGCUGAAGGGCGGGUACAAGGAGUUCUUCCUCAAGUGCCAGGCUCACUGCGAGCCCCCCAGCUACCGGCCCAUGCACCACGAGGACUUCAAGGAGGACCUGAAGAAGUUCCGCACCAAGAGCCGCACCUGGGCGGGGGAGAAGAGCAAGCGGGAGAUGUACAGUCGCCUGAAGAAGCUCUGAGGGCCGCGGCGGCCGCCGGGCGUCCCUGCUCCCCGCCCCUCGGCACGGCUGCAGAGACCCUUGAGCGGGGCCAGCGGUGUGACGCUGGCGGGCGGCCUGGCUCCACUCAAACCCGCCUCCCACGCUCCGGGCUGGCGCCCAGGGCGUGCUGCUGGCUGGGCCCCUGCCGUCCGAGUCCCCCGCGGGGCUCUGCCUGCCCUGAGCAAAGGGCACCCGGGCACAGAGGCCACUGCCGGCUGAUGCCAAAGACGCCAAGGAGCACGUGGCUUCACGGCCACCCGUGGGUUUAAUUUAUUCAACUUUGUCAAUUAUUUUAUUUUUUUAACUCCUGGGGACUUUGACUUUACUGCUUCGUUACGUCACAAUACUGCCAUUCCAGGGAGGGGCUGGACGGCGGGACUGCCUCUGCUCUUCAUUAAAGAAGGGUAACAAGGCAGGCCUGUCCUGAGCCCCAGGAGGCGCCGCACCCCGGAGCUGCUGCUAUCUCAGGCCCAGGACUGAGCUGCUCACAGGCGCAGCCGGCCUCAGCGGCAUCCAGGACAUAAGCUAACCUCCGGCUCCUCCCGGCCUGGCCGCCCACCAGCCGCCCACCUCGCCCCGGGGUGCCGCCACUGGGGGAGGCCGACCGCACUGGGCCGUGUGUGUCUGCUCAGGGUCCCUCUGUUCUCAUGCUCUCGUAGGUUUUGAUUCUUAAAAUAUAGUGGUUUCCGGGGGGAGGAGUGUCAAUCAGGGUUGGGGGGCCGUGCGGGGGGCUGUCCUGGACUGUGGGUCCUGAAGGUGGCACUCAGGCUUAUCAUGUUUGAAUUGGAGGGGAAGGGAGUGGAUCGUCACCAGUUCCCCCUUACCCAGCCCCAUGGAAGUGAGGUGUCCCGCACCACCCACAUUAACGGCUUCCCACAGCACCGCAUCGCACCCCAGCCUUUCCCCCAUUGCUGUCCCCCGGGGAGCCUGGUUGUCCUGUUCUGGGGGCAGUGCUGGAGACGGCUGGGGGCUGUUGCAGGUUUCCGUUACAUUUGGCUGUAAAAGAAUCUUGUUGGGAAAUGGGGGUGGGAGGGAGAGGGCCUGUCCCCGCACCCGCCAGGCCCCGGGGGUGGGGAGCUCCGAUCUCGCUGGCAGGGGUUCUGUUGGUUGCAUGCCUGACCAGGGCAGGCUCAGUCUGCCCUCAUAGAUGGCGUAGUGAUCAGCUGUCACAGGCUCUGAAAAUAAACGUGACCUUGAACCCAU